UUGCCAUCAGUGCAACGCGGCUAAUUGGAGACUCAACAUCGUCAAGCAAAAUGGAACCCUAAAGGAUACAGUGCGCGAAAGGAUUAGCCUCAAGGCUCGUGUGGGGGAAUAUCCCUGAUCCCUGCCAGAAAUAAAUAAAGAAUACUUUCGCGUUUGCCUAAAUUCCAUAAAUCCAAUCAAGGAUAAUGUCCGGCACUACGGAAUCGGACGCCGAAAAGGCGCUGGGCUCUCGCCUGGAUUACGAUUUAAUGAUGGCCGAGGAGUAUAUCCUCAGUGAUGUGGAGAAGAAUUUUAUAUUGGCCUGCGAGCGUGGUGAUAUUCCGGGUGUUAAAAAGAUAAUCGAGGAAUAUUUGGGCUCCGAUAAGUUUAACAUUAACUGCACGGAUCCCAUGAACCGUUCGGCUCUGAUUUCGGCCAUCGAAAAUGAGAACUUCGACCUGAUGGUGCUCCUGUUAGAGAACAACAUAGAGGUGGGCGACGCCCUGCUCCAUGCCAUUUCCGAGGAGUACGUGGAGGCUGUCGAGGAGCUGCUGCAGUGGGAGGAGACCAACCACAAGGAGGGCCAGCCCUAUAGCUGGGAGGCAGUGGACCGUUCGAAGUCGACCUUCACCGUGGACAUCACGCCCCUUAUCCUAGCGGCCCAUCGGAACAACUACGAGAUACUCAAAAUCCUGCUGGAUCGCGGUGCCACGCUGCCAAUGCCGCACGACGUCAAGUGCGGCUGUGAUGAGUGCGUAACCUCGCAGACUACCGACUCCUUACGCCACUCCCAGUCUAGGAUCAACGCCUACCGGGCCCUGUCGGCCAGUUCACUGAUUGCGCUCAGCUCUCGGGACCCUGUACUGACCGCCUUCCAAUUGUCCUGGGAACUGAAGCGCCUGCAGGCCAUGGAAUCGGAGUUUCGUGCCGAAUAUACGGAGAUGCGUCAAAUGGUGCAGGACUUCGGAACGUCUCUUCUGGACCACGCACGCACAUCCAUGGAACUCGAGGUGAUGCUCAACUUUAACCACGAGCCAUCGAACGACAUCUGGUGUCCUGGCCAGCGUCAAACGCUUGAACGAUUGAAGUUGGCUAUUCGUUAUAAACAAAAGACGUUUGUGGCCCAUCCGAAUGUACAACAAUUAUUGGCUGCCAUUUGGUAUGAAGGUCUUCCCGGCUUUCGGCGCAAGCAGGCUUCUCAGCAACUAAUGGACGUCAUCAAGCUAGGAUGCAGUUUUCCCAUCUACAGUUUGAAAUAUAUCCUGGCACCAGAAUCCGAUGGAGCCAAGUUCAUGCGCAAGCCCUUCGUCAAGUUCAUUACUCACUCCUGCUCCUACAUGUUUUUCUUAAUGCUUUUGGGUGCCGCCUCCCUGCGAGUGGUGCAAAUAACGUUUGAACUCUUGGCAUUCCCCUGGAUGCUGACCAUGCUGGAAGAUUGGCGCAAACACGAAAGAGGAUCCUUGCCAGGACCCAUUGAACUAGCGAUCAUAACCUACAUUAUGGCUCUGAUAUUUGAGGAACUUAAGUCUCUAUAUUCGGACGGGUUGUUUGAGUAUAUUAUGGAUUUAUGGAAUAUAGUCGACUAUAUAUCGAAUAUGUUCUAUGUGACUUGGAUUCUUUGUAGAGCUACUGCCUGGGUUAUAGUGCAUCGUGAUCUCUGGUUUCGAGGCAUAGAUCCUUAUUUUCCACGAGAGCACUGGCAUCCUUUUGAUCCUAUGCUCUUGUCCGAAGGAGCCUUUGCUGCCGGAAUGGUGCUCUCGUAUCUUAAGCUUGUUCAUAUCUUUUCAAUAAAUCCGAAUUUGGGUCCUUUGCAAGUGUCUCUGGGACGUAUGAUAAUCGAUAUCAUAAAGUUCUUCUUCAUUUACACCUUGGUGUUGUUCGCUUUCGGAUGUGGUCUGAACCAAUUGUUGUGGUAUUACGCGGAGCUUGAGAAGAACAAGUGCUAUCACCUGCAUCCUGAUGUGGCGGAUUUUGACGACCAGGAAAAGGCAUGCACUAUAUGGCGGCGAUUCUCCAAUCUUUUCGAGACAUCGCAAUCCCUUUUCUGGGCAUCCUUUGGUCUGGUCGAUCUGGUGUCCUUCGAUCUAGCGGGAAUCAAGAGCUUCACCCGCUUCUGGGCCCUUCUGAUGUUCGGUUCUUAUUCGGUAAUCAAUAUUAUUGUGCUGCUCAACAUGCUGAUUGCCAUGAUGUCCAAUUCGUACCAAAUCAUCUCGGAGCGAGCCGACACCGAAUGGAAGUUUGCUCGAUCCCAAUUGUGGAUGAGUUACUUCGAGGAUGGUGGCACCAUUCCACCGCCCUUUAAUCUCUGCCCCAAUAUGAAGAUGUUGCGCAACAUUUUGGGCCGCAAAAGACCUUCAAGAACCAAGAGCUUUAUGCGAAAGUCCAUGGAACGGGCUCAGGUCCUGCAUGACAAAGUGAUGAAGCUGCUAGUAAGGAGGUACAUUACGGCGGAGCAGAGGCGGCGUGACGAAUACGGCAUCACCGAGGAUGAUAUCAUUGAGGUGCGGCAGGAUAUCAGCUCCUUGCGCUUCGAGCUACUGGAGAUUUUUACAAACAAUAGCUGGGAUGUCCCAGAUAUUGAAAAGAAGACACAGGGUGUGGCUCAAACCACCAAGGGCAAGGUGAUGGAACGUCGUAUCCUUAAAGAUUUCCAGAUUGGUUUCGUGGAGAAUCUGAAACAGGAAAUGAGCGAAAGCGAAAGUGGUCGCGAUAUCUUUUCAUCUUUGGCCAAAGUCAUUGGCCGUAAAAAGACACAGAAAGGGGAUAAGGACUGGAAUGCAAUUGCGAGAAAGAACACCUUUACGGCAGAUCCUAUUGGCAGCAAGCGGUCUUCUAUGCAGCGUCACAGCCAACGCAGUCUCAGGAGAAAGAUUAUCGAGCAGGCCAACGAGGGUCUACUGAUGAAUCAGAAUCAAUUGAUUGAGUUCAAUCCCAACUUGGGCGAUGUUACCCGAGCUACCAGAGUGGCCUAUGUGAAGUUCAUGCGUAAAAAGAUGGCGGCCGAUGAAGUGUCCUUAGGCGACGACGAGGGCAAGCCCAAUGGUGAAGAGGAGAAGAAGCUGGAUCCCUCCGGGUCCAAAAAGUCAGUUUCUAGUGCAGGAGCUGGUGGUGGAGUUUCCAUGAUGGCUGCGGCUGCGAUGAGAGCGUCAGUCAAGAAUGUGGAUGAAAAAUCAGGAGACAAGGAUGACAAAUCCACCACUAUCAAAAAGCCAACUGAUGAUACUAAGAAGCCUGGGGACGACAAGAAACCAGGAGACGAUAAGAACAAACAACAGCCUCCCAAGGACUCCAAGCCACCGCCAGGACCACCCGGUCCGAAACCCGGUGAACAGAAGCCAGCUCCAGCGGCAGGAGCUCCCAAGCCGCAAAAUGGAACUAAUGGAUCUAAGCCCAAUGAUCAGCCAAAGCCCAAUGCUCCGGCGCCUCCAUCCAAGCCAGCUGAUAGCAAACCUGCGGCUCCGAAAUCAGGAGAAGCGGCCAAGCCCGAUGCGGCGGCCAAAAAAGAUGAGUCCUCAAAAGCUGAUGGAGCCAAGCCGCCGACUGGAACAGCUGGAGCCGCGAAGAGUGCUGCUCCUUCGGCUCCGGCGGACGCCAAGCCAGAUCAGAACACAAAAUCCGGCGCAGCUGAAGCAGCUGAGGGCACUAAGGCUGCCAAUGAGGCCAACAAGAAGGAAGACCCGAAGAAGAACGGACAGGAUCAGGCCAAGAAGCCGGGCGACUCUAAGCCUGGAGACUCUAAGCCAGGAGAUGCCAAGCCUGAUGAGAGCAAGAAGGCAGGUGAUGGCAAGGAUAAGCCAGGUGAUGAAAAGGAUAAGAAGCCGGGUGAUGAUAAGAACAAGAAACCAGGCGAUGACAAGGACAAAAAGCCAGGGGACGACAAAGACAAGAAACCUGGCGACGACAAGGACAAGAAACCUGGAGAUGACAAGGAUAAGAAGACGGGCCCAGACGACAAGGACAAGAAGCCAGGAGCAGCUCCAGCGCCGCUCAAGCCGGCGAUCAAGGUGGGACAAAGUAGUGCGGCUGCUGGCGGAGAACGAGGCAAGUCCACUGUUACGGGUCGUAUGAUCUCCGGAUGGCUUUAAGGGAAAACAGGUCAUCCGUAUUCCAAUUUCAAUUACAGUAGCAUUAAGGUCAAUGUAUGUGUGAACAAUAAACGAAUCCCAAAACAACAACUAAA